AUGGCAUCCCCAGCCCAAUCCCCAUCCACCCCCGCCCCCAACACCCAAUCCGUCACCCAAUGGCUCCAAAAAACCGGAUACCCCAACGGAAUCCCAGACUUCAUGCACGACUACGGAUUUGACUCCGACGAACAAGACGACGCCCUUCAUCUCCUCCACCAAUUCCGAAACGAACAACAAGCAUGGGAGAAAACGCACCACCACAGGCACGAGAAACCGAGUCCAGAACGGGUCAAAACUUCUAGCACCGUGUUGGGAACGAGUAUGCUAUUUCGUUCCUCUUCCUCCUCUGAUGCGUCUCAUGUUUCGAACAACAAGAGGACGGGUAUUGCAAUGCUGUCGUUCGAUGAGUGGCAUCAUGAGUAUAGCGUUUCGAAGAAACGUACGGGUACGGGAACUCCCACUUUCAAGGGAGACAAGUAA